GAGGGAGAGGGAGAGAGAUAGAAGGAGGGAGAGAGAGGGAGGGAGAGAGAGACAUAGGGAGGAAGGGAGGGAGAGAGAGAGAGAAUAAGGAAGAGGGUAUAGUGGGACAACGUGAGAAGGACAAGACCCAGACAAAGGGAGAGAAAGUGUGAGAGAACCGAGCCGGGAAAGGGUUGAAGGAGGAGGUCCUGAUGGAGGGAGAGGAGGGAGGCGGACCAGGCAUCUAAGGUAGACAGUCAGAGAAGAAGAAAAACAGCCAACCUAACCGGGACAGUGCCAAUUAUGAGGAACAGCAAAGACACGAAGAAGAGAAAAGGCUUAAUAUCAUGUUUUUCCCCCCCCCAAGGAGUUAAACCAGGAGCACUGAAUCAAAGCUGACGGGUUGAGUUUGGGGUAGUGAGAGAGGAGGACACUUCAGGAAGGCCUGUGGAUUUUAAAUGUGAAUGAGAGGAGGAGCGGUACCCUGAACCAAUUAUGAAAGGGGGAUCUAUGUUGCGUGGAUAAAAAUGUUCUCUGAAUGCAACAGAUACGGAGAAGGAGGAGGAAGACAGACAGUGACUCAUUUUAAGGCUUCAUCUCAACUUAAAUCAGCAAGAAAAUAACGACACCAUUCAUUUAGAGAGAUGGAAAAGAGUGAAAGGUAGGAAUAAGGUUAAAGAGAAAUGGAGUGACACAAAAAGGGAGACGAGAGGAGAAAUAGACAGAAGAAAAGACUGAGCUGAGCUUGAGAGGUUUUGACGAUUCUCUUAUUUUCUUCCUGGAUUAACCCAACGCAGUCAGACAUGACAAGAGAGGCAACCGACGAUGGUGAAGAUCCCUGGAAGUAGAGGAAGUUGUGAGGGCGUGUCCUCUAAAACACUGGAGGCUGGUUCUGUUUCCGAGAGAGAUUCAACAUGGUACGUACCCCUCUGUGGGCUCCGCGCCACCAACGCUCACCUCAUACCAAGACCAUGGAGCGGUCAGGGACUCUGCUGUGGUGAUCCUGCUCCCCGACCCGGUGGACCCGUGUGGUGAGCAGGGGGAGCACGACCACAGUGCACGUUCUGGAUCAUCAGCCGUUUAAUGACCGUCUGCUGGGUGUCUGCACGGUCUCACCACCUGUUAGGAAAAAAACCUGGUGUGCAGGAAGAGGCGACACACCGGGGAAAAAGGAACAGUGGAACAACACGUCGUUCCCAAUAGUUCAAACACGUGUUGGGUGCGUGGACAUGUCAUUGGAGCGCUGCUUUGAAAGUCUUUGUCGGUCGUCGUAGCAACCAGCAAAGGGGUCGGUCAAAGCAUGGGACUCACCUGUUUUAAGUCCUGGAAGUAUGACAGCAGAGGACAGAAGGGGAACAGAGACGUGUUGGCCAGCCCCGGCUCCUACUUCUUCCUGUCCAACAGCUGUGGUCAGGGGGACGAGUGGCUGCAGAGCCUCAACAAGAGAGCCUGGAUCCCCUUCACAGGGGUGUUCGGCCAGCGGCUGGAGGAGACGGUGUUGUACGAGCGGCGCUACGGGGCCCGCUCCGUCCCCCUGGUGGUGGAGCAGUGUGUGCACUUCAUCCGGGAGCGGGGGCUUCACGAGGUGGGCCUGUUCCGCUGCCCGGGGCAGUCCACGCUGGUGAAGGACCUCCAGGAGGCCUUCGACGCCGGGGAGAGGCCGUCCUUCGACAGUGGAACAGACGUGCACACGGUGGCCUCCCUGCUGAAGCUCUACCUCAGACUGCUCCCCGAGCCCUUGGUCCCGUACAGCCAGUACCAAGAUUUCCUGCUCUGUGGAGAACAGCUGGCCUCUGGCAGAACCAAGCAACUCUCUGAUACUAAACAGGGUCUGCUAGAGUUAAGGGGUCUCCUUCAUGACCUACCAGUCGCCAACUUUAACCUGCUCAACUACAUCUGCCAGUUCUUGAAUGAGGUCCAAAGCUUCUCCUGCAGCAACAAGAUGAGCUGCCAGAACCUGGCCACCGUGUUCGGGCCAAACAUCCUCAGAGCCAAAGCCGAAGACCCCCAGAGCAUCAUUGGAGGUGCAGCUGUGGUCCAGGUGUUGAUGUUGGAGCUGAUCAGGGAGCACCAGUCCCUCUUCCCAAGAGAUGCUGGCCCCUGUCCAGCCCGGCCCGUGGGAAAGCCCCAGGACCCACCGCUCACAACACCAAGGCCGGCUUGGCUUCCCGUCUCCCCCUGCGCCCGGCAGCUCUCCUUGCCUCUCAUCGCAGAGCGCUGGGGGAGGCCAGGCUCCGUCUCCAGUCUCAGGGACCCCAGGGAACAUCCAAGCCCUCCUACCCACCCUCCCUCCAAAGACUGUGCCCAAAGCCAUGCGGCCGACCCACGUCUCCCCCCCGGCCCCAAGAGAGUCCUGGGCCACCGCCACACCUCCUCACACCCGGACAGCUGCCUGUUCCCGCUGCCCUCGACCAGCUUCCCCCUCUCCCCACUCCACCACCAGCACCGUUACCAUGCAGCCGGACUCGGCACCCCGCAGCCAGACAAACAGUGUCCCAUCGGUGCGCCGGACGAAGUCCCGGGCCUGGGCUCCAACGAGGGCCCCCCCGGCCUGUUCCCAGCCCCCGCCACUCCGUCGCUGGUCCUUCAAUCGCAACUCCCAGACAGCCCCGCUCAGUCAGGCGCACUGCCGCCCGGCCACAAGGAAGAAGAGGCUUUCCCCUGGGCUGAUGAAGCGGAGGAGGGGAAGGAAGUGGGUGUACUACCGGAGGCGGACAGCGGCGGCAGCAGCGAGUACCAGGAGGACAGCACCACGUCGGCCUACGACAACCUAAGCAGAGCUUCUCUGCACCCUGGAACGGAGACGGGCGAUGGUGACCCGUUUGAUGCCGACGCGGCGGCCAUGCACCUGGACUCGUCUUUGAUUGUGAGGGAAGGGGCAGGAGAGGAGGAAGCCCAACACAGUCUGGUGUCCUCCUUCUCCUUCUCCUCCUGUGAGCUGCUCCCAGUGGACGACACGGGGGACUGUGUCGCUGAGUGUGGGUCGAGUCGGUGCCAGUCGCUGAGGUCAUCGCCCAUGUUUCUCUCCCACCAGGGGUCAGAAGAGGAUGACUGUUACGAGGAAGAGGAGGAUAGUGGUGGUGAAGACGGUGAUGUUGAGGAUGCUAUCGAUGACGAUAACCCCAAUGGGGAUCUUCAGCCCCCUAACUCCCCAGCCUCCUGCUCCGUUCCCAGUGACAUGCUUCUGAGUACGGGCAGCUCCGAGGUGUUCCUCUCCUCUGGGUCUCCGGACCCCCAACCCACCCACGCUCAGACUGAGGCCCACAAUGUUCGCUCUUACCUGGCUGAGCUAAAGCAACAGAUGACCCGACAGAGGACUGAGUACCAGGCCACCAUAUCCAGGUUGGAGCGCUGCAACGAGGCCCUGGAGGAUCAGUUGGCCGCCCUGUGCUCCCGGCUGGAGCGGCACAAGCGCUGGCACAGCCUGGCCGAGGUGAAGAUACGCAACGUGGAGCGGGCACGGGUGGACGCGGACCGACGCAACGCCACACUGCAAAGGGAGAUGGAGCACUUCUUCAAGACGUUUGGAGAAGUCAAGGGAGGCAGAGCAGGAAGAAGCGGAGCUCGAAGAGGAAGGGGAGGAAGGGGAGGUGAGAGGACGAGGGAGCGGCGGAACCUACAGAGUUUGUAACGGAUAAACGAAUAUGGGCGUAUAUGAACGGACGGGACGGGUGGAUUAGAGUCGUUGCAGAUCUGUUUGGUAACUUUCACUGUGAACCGUUUCAACUGUGGCCGUGAGGACACGAUCUUCAGCAGCAGGACAAAGAUGAUUUGAGCUUUAACACAUCUAUGUAUUAUUCAGUUAAUGUGAUCUCCAAUCAGAAUAUCCAUAUCAGCCACUGACUAUUGAGCUGAAAAUUUAAAGAGUGAUGGUAUUUCAGUACUAGAAACAGGCUCCGGUGCUUCUCAAAGACAGGAAAAAGCAUGCUACCCUUCAGAGAAUAAUCGUUGGUCCAAAGACGUGUAACAGUUGAUGGGGAAUCCAAGCACUUCCCUGCCUGGUUGGUCAGUUACAUUCAUCUUCUGUCCAUACCGAGGAUUUGCUUCAUUCUUCAACGAUGUCAAAGACAGUGGGCAGCCAAAUGUUCUUCUUUCCCAUUUCAACUUUGGUGUAAAUCGUCAAAGACUCAUGGAUUGGAUCAUGUCUACAAUUGAACACUUAUUGAACAUCUUAAAGACAUCUGCAGAAUCCUUUGUCUCUAUGCAUGUGCAAAUGCCCUUUGAAUGACUUUCCUAGCUAAUUUUAAGAAGGUUCUCUUUUGGCCAAAAGGAAGAAUCAGUCAUAUUAACAGCCAUACUUGCUCUUACUAACGCUUUCUGAGGACGACCAGGUAAUCAUUCACUGCAGGUAUACUGAAAGGAAAAGACAAUGAUUAAAAGGGAGAAUUGUUCAUAAAAAAAGGAAAAUGAAAUGUCGAGCAACCAAGACUUGAAAUGUGCCAAAGAUAAGGAGGGUGAACUAACAGGCCUAACCCUGGUACAGUCUGAACCUCCUCUACAUCAAACCCUCCUAACCCAAUGUGUUACAGAGGGAAACCAUACAAUGACCUCCUAUCAAUAAAUAACCAGCAGGGAGACGAUGUUUCACCUAUCUGUUUGUUUAUCUGUGUUGAUGUCACUCGCCUGUGGAACAUUACAGAUUUUUUGCAGUAAUUACAGGAAAUCAUUGGAUUGCACUCCCUAAUAAAAAACAAACCUUGAUAUAAUGGGAUGAAA